AUGUUGUUUUAGAGAUCAGUUUGAUCAUAUACAUGCAAAACGAAUAUUUUAGUAGCUAAAUUGUCAUGCCCCACCCUAAUCCCACCUUAAUUGAAAAUCACCUGAUCCUCUUACCCUAAAAACAAAAAUGGGUGAGAACUGGGAGGAAGAGGAUAUCCAGGUGUUCACUGGGACUUCAACCAAUAAUGGUGAUGGUGUAUGUGCUGCAGGUGGAGUCAGGGGAGGAAGCUUCCACACCCCAGCAGGGAACAGAAGCUCCAACUCAGGAGGUCGAGGGAACAGAGGAGGAAGGGACGGUGCACGAUGCUUAAGCAGUGACACUUCUGAUACAGGACCUGAAAAAGGGAGUGAGCCCAAUGGGAACGAUAAUGACAGUGGAAGUUCACGGAACAGAGAAAAUGUCAUUGGAGGAAGAGGUGACAGAAACACAAUAGAUGGAGGAAGAGAUGGAUUCAGCAAUUCAUUCCCUGAUGCAUCCAACAACGACAACUUGGAUGAAAACCACAAUGCAGGUCCCAAGGUGACGUAUGUUCCACCUCCCCCUCCUGAAGACGAGACCUCCAUCUUCUCUCAGUUCCAGAAGGGGGUCAACUUUGACAAGUUUGAUAACAUCCAGGUGGAGGUGCGUGGGAGAGACCCUCCACCUGCCAUCAUGUCAUUUGAGGAGGCUGGUCUGUGUCCGACCCUGAGCAGGAACAUCACCAAGUCUGGAUACAAGAAGCCCACUCCAGUCCAGAAACACAGCAUCCCUAUCAUAUCCACUGGACGAGACCUGCUGGCCUGUGCCCAGACUGGAUCAGGGAAAACGGCUGCCUUCCUGCUCCCUAUCCUCCAGACCCUGAUGUCAGACGGGGUCACGGCAGACGGGUUCAGGCAGAUCCAGGAGCCCGAGGUCAUCAUUGUGGCGCCCACCAGGGAACUCAUCAACCAGAUCUACCUCGACGCCCGGAAGUUCUCCUACGGCGGGUGUUUGCGCCCGGUGGUCGUGUAUGGAGGGAUCAGUUCGGCCUACGCCAUUCGGGAGGUGAUGCGGGGGUGCAACGUGCUGUGUGGGACCCCAGGAAGACUGCUGGAUAUCAUCGGCAAAGGAAAGGUGGGAGUCGGGAAGCUGCGCUACCUGGUUCUAGACGAGGCAGACCAGAUGUUGGACAUGGGCUUUGAACCCGCCAUGCGCUCCCUCGUGGGGUCGCCUGGAAUGCCCCCUAAGGAGGAACGCCAGACGCUACUGUUCAGCGCCACAUACCCUGAGGACAUUCAAAGGUUGGCUGCCGACUUCCUUCGAACGGACUACAUCUUCCUGGCGGUGGGUCAGGUGGGAGGAGCCUGCAGCGAUGUGGAGCAGAACGUGAUCCAGGUCACCCAGUUCUCUAAGAGAGACCAACUGGUGGAGCUGCUGCAGACGACAGGCCCCGAGCGAACUCUGGUGUUUGUAGGGACCAGGAAGAAGGCGGAUUUCAUCGCCACCUUUCUCUCCCAGGUCAAGAUUCCCACCACCAGCAUCCACGGAGACAGGGAGCAGCAGGAACGGGAGGUAGCCCUACACGAUUUCCGUUCCGGUAAGUAUCCUGUCCUGGUGGCCACGUCAGUGGCAGCACGAGGCCUGGAUAUCGAGCAUGUGCAGCAUGUGGUGAACUUUGACCUGCCCUCCGGCAUCGAUGAGUACGUGCAACGCAUCGGAAGGACUGGUCGCUGUGGCAACACUGGGCGGGCAGUGUCGUUCUUUGAGCCAGAUGCUGACACGCCAUUGGCUCACUCCUUGGUGAAAGUUCUGGAAGGGUCCCAACAGGAAGUUCCCUCCUGGCUGGAGGAAGUCGCAGCCAGUGGUCAUGGCACUGCAGCGUUCUGUCCACAAAGGAGUGACUUUGAAUCCAUGGACACCCACAAGUCUCUACCUGGAGCCCAGAGCCUGCCUAGUGAGGAGGAAUUAUGGGAGUGACUCUCCACUCACCUUUCUAACAUCCCUGUCCUGGUCUGACCCCUUGAAGCUGAGUUUAAUAAUAACAUCUGGAGCAAAGAAUCCCGAUUUAAACUAAUGGAUCACUGUGGCCAUUGCAAUGCUCAUAAAAGGAAUAUUAAUAGGCGGUGGGAUGCACAGUAUAUGUCAUGAGCACUGUAAUGUAAAUAAAAUUA